UGGGAGCGACCCGAGGACUGUGGGGAGGUGGGACUACAGGUCCCAGGGUGAACGGCGGGCUGUGCGGGCUCGCUGAUAGGCGAAGAAGCUUGUAACAGCUGCUGCAAUUGCUACAAGCGAGAGAGGGGCUGGCUAAGAGCUGUGUUAUCUAACGGGAACUGUCUCACUGGAAAGGGUGAAAGAAAAGACUGAGCAGCCAUGGACUUCCUCUGUACUACCUAGCUAUUACUUCUAUCACCACUAUCUGUUCGGGCUCCCACUCUUCAGAGGUGGAGAUAUUGUGCUUGACUUGGUAGCCGAAAGAAAGGGAUGAGAGAUGUCUGACAAAAUGUCGAGUUUUCUUCACAUUGGAGAUAUAGUCUCCUUAUACUCCGAAGGAUCUGUCAAUGGGUUCAUCAGUACUUUAGGCCUUGUGGAUGACCGAUGUGUGGUGCAACCAGAUGCUGGAGACUUGAACAACCCACCUAAGAAAUUCAGAGACUGCCUCUUUAAGCUAUGUCCCAUGAACCGGUACUCUGCUCAGAAACAGUUCUGGAAAGCAGCUAAGCCCGGGGCCAAUACGACUACAGAUGCAGUGCUGCUCAAUAAGCUACACCAUGCUUCGGACCUGGAAAAGAAACAAAACGAAUCCGAAAACCGGAAGCUGCUCGGAACGAUUAUUCAAUAUGGCAAUGUUAUUCAGUUGUUGCAUCUGAAAAGCAAUAAAUACCUGACUGUGAACAAGAGAUUGCCAGCCCUAUUAGAGAAGAAUGCUAUGAGGGUUACUCUGGAUGCUGCUGGCAACGAAGGCUCCUGGUUUUACAUCCAACCAUUCUACAAACUGCGGUCCAUAGGCGACAGUGUCGUGAUCGGAGACAAAGUGGUGUUGAACCCAGUCAAUGCUGGCCAGCCCCUACAUGCCAGUAAUUGUGAACUGGUCGACAAUCCUGGUUGUAAAGAGGUUAACUCUGUGAAUUGCAACACGAGUUGGAAAAUUGUUCUUUUCAUGAAAUGGAGUGAUAAUAAGGAAGAUAUUUUGAAAGGGGGUGACGUCGUGAGAUUAUUUCAUGCUGAACAGGAGAAGUUUCUGACCUGCGAUGAGUAUCGCAAAAAACAGUAUGUCUUUCUCCGAACCACUGGCCGACAGUCUGCUACAUCAGCAACGAGCUCCAAAGCAUUGUGGGAGGUUGAGGUAGUUCAACAUGACCCAUGUCGCGGAGGGGCUGGGCACUGGAACAGCCUCUUCAGGUUCAAACACUUGGCCACUGGAAACUAUUUGGCUGCUGAGGUCGGAGAUGCGAACCCAGAUUACCAGGAAGAUUGUCAAGACUCCCGCUCAUCGGUUGACUCCGAUCAGGAGGCCACGAGAAACAGAAUACGCAUUCUCCAAGAGAAGGUGAUGUACACGCUGGUGUCAGUGCCUGAAGGGAAUCAUAUCUCGUCCAUCUUUGAGCUUGAUACAACUACCCUACAGAGAGGGGACUCCCUUGUUCCAAGGAAUUCGUAUGUUCGACUCCGACAUCUCUGCACAAACACAUGGGUUCACAGCACAAAUAUUCCAAUCGACAAAGAUGAAGAGAGGCCUGUGAUGCUGAAGAUUGGCACCUCUCCAACUAAAGAGGAUAAAGAAGCAUUUGCUAUUGUACCUGUUUCGCCAGCUGAAGUGAGAGACUUGGACUUUGCCAAUGAUGCCAGCAAAGUGUUGGCCUCAAUAGCUGGCAAGCUUGAGAAGGGCACCAUUACUCAGAAUGAAAGACGUUUUGUAACCAAGCUUCUGGAAGAUUUGGUGUUCUUUGUUGCGGAUGUUCCAAAUUCGGGUCAAGAUGUGCUUGAAGUGGUCAUCCACAAACCAAAUAGAGAGCGACAAAAGCUCAUGAGAGAGCAAAAUAUUCUAAAACAGAUCUUUAAGCUGCUCCAGGCCCCAUUCACGGACAGUGGCGAUGGCCCUAUGCUGAGAUUGGAGGAACUUGGAGAUCAGAGGCAUGCUCCAUUCCGGCACAUCUGCAGGCUGUGUUACCGUGUACUGAGACACUCCCAGCAGGACUACAGAAAGAACCAGGAGUACAUAGCGAAGCAGUUUGGCUUCAUGCAAAAACAAAUUGGAUAUGAUGUGCUGGCAGAAGACACCAUAACGGCACUGUUGCACAAUAACCGUAAACUCCUGGAGAAACACAUCACAGCAGCUGAAAUCGAAACCUUUGUUAGCCUGGUCAGGAAAAACCGAGAGCCAAGGUUUCUCGAUUACCUCUCUGACCUGUGUGUGUCCAACAACACAGCCAUUCCAGUUACCCAGGAACUCAUCUGCAAGGCUGUGCUGAACCCAGUUAAUGGGGACAUUCUUAUCGAGACAAAGCUCGUCUUGUCCAGAGUGGAGUUUGAAGUGGAGAAUGGUGGGGAAAGUCGGCUUGAAGUGGGCGAAGAUGAGGAAGUGUGGCUCUUCUGGAGUGACAGCUGCAAAGAACUACGCAGCAAGAGUAUCAGGGAAUUAGCUCAAGAUGCCAAGGAGGGACAAAAAGAGGACCAGGAGGUCCUCAGCUACUACAGAUACCAACUGAACCUGUUUGCUCAGAUGUGUUUGGAUCGUCAGUAUUUGGCCAUCAAUGCAGUCUCUGGACAGCUGGAUGUGGAUCUAAUACUUCGCUGCAUGUCAGAUGAGAACUUGCCCUAUGACCUCCGCGCCUCUUUCUGUCGCCUGAUGUUGCACAUGCAUGUAGAUCGGGAUCCCCAAGAACAGGUGACUCCAGUGAAGUAUGCCCGCCUGUGGUCCGAAAUACCAUCCCAGAUAGCGAUUGAUGAUUAUGAUUCCAGUGGGACGUCCCGAGAUGAAAUAAAAGAACGUUUUGCCCAGACUAUGGCCUUUGUGGAGGAAUAUUUGAGAGAUGUUGUCUGCCAAAGGUUUCCGUUCUCUGAUAAGGAGAAGAACAAGCUGACAUUCGAGGUUGUGAAUUUGGCUCGAAAUCUGAUCUACUUUGGCUUCUAUAGUUUUAGUGACCUCCUGAGGUUGACCAAAAUAUUACUGGCCAUUUUGGACUGUGUUCACAUGGCAACGGUUUUCCCAAUUAGCAAACUGGUUAAAGGGGAUGACAACAGAGGCAGUAACGUGAUGAGGUCAAUUCAUGGAGUCGGAGAGUUGAUGACCCAAGUGGUUUUGAGGGGAGGUGGCUUUCUGCCUUUGACUCCCAUUACACCACAGGAUGGAACUGCCAAACAACAGACUGAGCCUGAGAAGGAGGAUAUCUUAGUCAUGGACACAAAGCUAAAAACCAUUGAGAUCUUGCAGUUCAUCCUGAAUGUUCGUUUGGAUUACAGAAUCUCCUGCCUUCUGUCCAUAUUUAAGCGAGAGUUUGACGAAAGCAAUGCACAUCAUCAAUCAACUGACUCCCCACCAAGCGUAGGAUCAGCUUCUCAGGAGGGUGCAAGUAAUGUUCCAGGGACAUUAGAUUUCGAGCACAUUGAGGAACAGGCUGAAGGGAUCUUCGGUGGAAGCGAUGAAAACACUCCAUUAGACCUGGACGAUCAUGGGGGCAGAACGUUUCUACGGGUCUUGCUUCACCUUACGAUGCACGACUAUCCACCUCUGGUAUCUGGAGCCCUCCAUCUCCUAUUUAGACACUUCAGUCAGAGGCAAGAAGUUCUUCAAGCAUUUAAACAGGUCCAACUGCUUGUUACGAGCCAGGAUGUGGAAAACUACAAACAGAUCAAAGCUGACCUGGACCAACUGAGACUGCUGGUGGAGAAGUCGGAGCUGUGGGUCUACAAGGGCCAUGCCCAUGAUGAGGUGAUGGAAGGGGGUGAGAGUUCCACAAGCAGCAGUGAACUAAAGAAGAAGAAAGAGGGUGACUUUGUGAAAGGUCAGACUGCCAGCUCAGAUGUGGCACCCACAAUUGAAAGCACCAGCAGCAAGAAUUAUAGAGUCAUAAAGGAGGUUUUGAUCCGACUCAGCAAGCUGUGCGUGCAAGAGGGCUCAUCUGUGAGGAAGAGCCGCAAGCAGCAGCAGAGAUUACUGAGGAACAUGGGCGCCCACACUGUGGUCCUUGAUCUUCUGCAGAUUCCCUACGAAAAGGCUGAGGACAUUCGAAUGCAAGAGAUCAUGAAGCUGGCGCACAAAUUUCUGCAGAACUUCUGCGCUGGCAACCCACAGAACCAAGCGCUCCUUCACAAGCACAUCAACCUUUUCCUUACUCCAGGGAUCCUGGAGGCUGUGACCAUGCAGCACAUCUUCAUGAACAACUUUCAGCUGUGCAGUGAGAUAAACGAGCGUGUGGUGCAACACUUUGUCCACUGCAUUGAGACUCACGGCCGCAAUGUACAGUACCUCAAGUUCCUGCAGACCAUUGUGAAGGCGGAAGGCAAGUUCAUCAAGAAGUGUCAAGACAUGGUAAUGGCUGAGCUGGUGAACGCUGGGGAAGAUGUUCUGAUUUUCUACAAUGACCGAGCCUCGUUCCAAACCUUGGUGCAGAUGAUGCGCUCUGAGCGUGAUCGGAUGGAUGAGAACAGUCCUCUCAUGUACCAUAUUCACUUGGUGGAGCUGCUAGCAGUCUGCACUGAGGGCAAGAAUGUCUACACCGAGAUUAAGUGCAACUCCCUUUUGCCCCUAGAUGACAUUGUAAGAGUAUCAACCCAUGAAGACUGCAUACCUGAAGUGAAGAUUGCCUACAUUAACUUUCUCAAUCACUGCUAUGUGGACACGGAAGUGGAAAUGAAGGAAAUUUACACAAGCAACCAUAUGUGGAAGCUUUUUGAGAACUUUCUUGUUGACAUAUGCAGGGUGUGUAACAAUACAAGUGACCGAAAGCAUGCUGACAACGUCCUGGAGAGAUAUGUCACUGAGACUGUCAUGAGCAUCGUCACAACUUUCUUCAGCUCCCCCUUCUCUGAUCAAAGCACGAGUUUGCAGACUCGUCAACCUAUCUUUGUGCAAUUAUUGCAAGGGGUGUUCAGAGUGUACCACUGCCCUUGGCUGUCGGCUACCCAGAAAGCUUCUGUUGAGAGUUGCAUUAAGGUGCUAUCGGAAGUAGCCAAGAGCAGAGCCAUAGCAAUCCCUGUGGACUUGGACAGUCAGGUCAACAAUCUCUUCCUCAAAUCUCACAACAUUGUUCAGAAGACUGCCAUGAGCUGGCGAAUGUCAGCCCGCAAUGCUGCCAGGAGAGACUCAGUCCUUGCUGCCUCAAGGGAUUAUCGGAAUAUAAUCGAGAGAUUGCAGGAUAUAGUGUCAGCACUUGAAGAUAGGCUCCGUCCCCUCGUGCAAGCAGAACUCUCUGUUCUGGUGGAUGUCCUUCAUCGGCCCGAGCUGCUUUUCCCAGAGAACACAGAAGCACGGCGCAAGUGUGAAAGUGGCGGGUUUAUCUGCAAGCUGAUUAAACACACAAAACAGUUAUUGGAAGAGAAUGAAGAGAAGUUAUGCAUCAAGGUUCUACAGACUCUUCGAGAGAUGAUGACUAAGGACCGAGGAUAUGGCGAGAAGGUGGGUGAAGCUCUAAGGCAGAUCUUGGUCAAUCGUUACCACGGCAACGUCAGGUCAGUAGGUAGAAGAGACAGCUUGACUAAUUUUCACAAUGGCCCACUGUCAGCAGGAGGGAUCAACAAGUCUGUUGAACGAGGAAGUGGUGCAGGACCUGGCACGCUGAGCCGAGGUGAAAUGAGCCUUGCAGAAGUGCAAUGUCACUUGGACAAAGAAGGAGCAUCUGACCUAGUCAUAGACCUCAUAAUGAAUGCAACCAGUGACCGGGUCUUCCAUGAAAGUAUCCUACUUGCAAUUGCUCUGCUGGAAGGGGGCAACACUACCAUUCAGCAUUCGUUUUACUGCCGCUUGACUGAGGAUAAGAAGUCUGAGAAAUUCUUCAAGGUGUUUUAUGACCGGAUGAAGCUCGCGCAGCAAGAGAUCAAAGCCACAGUGACUGUAAAUACCAGCGACCUUGGCAAUAAAAAGAAAGACGAUGAAUCUUCAGAGAGGGACGUGCCAGUGCGAAGAAGAGCCAAAGAACCUUCAACGCAACUCAGCGACGAAGUAAGAGAUCAGCUGCUCGAGGCUUCGGCUGCCACCCGCAAAGCCUACAACACCUUCCGCAGGGAGGCUGACCCAGAGGACCACUUUGCCGCUGCGGAUGGCAACCAGACGGCUGCAGAGAAGAACAAAGACGAUGGUGAGAUGAGUGCCGUGAUUGCCAUCAUGCAGCCAAUCCUUCGCUUCUUGCAGCUGCUCUGUGAAAACCAUAACCGAGACCUUCAGAACUUCCUGAGAUGCCAAAACAACAAGACUAAUUACAACCUGGUCUGUGAGACUCUGCAAUUCCUGGAUUGCAUUUGUGGCAGCACCACGGGUGGGCUGGGUCUUCUGGGACUCUACAUCAAUGAGAAAAAUGUGUCCCUCAUCAAUCAGACACUGGAGAGCUUAACUGAAUACUGUCAAGGACCCUGCCAUGAGAAUCAGAACUGUAUUGCCACCCAUGAAUCGAAUGGAAUUGACAUCAUCAUUGCAUUAAUUCUGAAUGACAUAAAUCCACUGGGGAAAAAACGAAUGGACCUCGUACUAGAGUUGAAGAAUAAUGCCUCUAAAUUACUGCUGGCAAUCAUGGAGAGCAGGCAUGACAGUGAGAAUGCGGAGAGGAUACUUUACAACAUGCGGCCCAAGGAACUGGUGGAAGUGAUCAAGAAGGCCUAUCUCCAAGGUGAGGUGGAGUUUGAGGAAACUGAAGAUGGUGAGGAUCAUGCAGCAUCGCCCCGGAACGUUGGCCACAAUAUUUACAUUCUUGCACACCAGUUGGCACGUCAUAACAAAGAGUUGCAGCAAAUGCUGAAACCUGGCAGUCAGAUGGGCGAAGGUGAUGAAGCCUUGGAAUAUUAUGCUAAGCACACAGCUCAGAUUGAGAUUGUGAGGCAGGAUCGCACUAUGGAACAGAUAGUGUUCCCUGUUCCAAAUAUCUGCGAGUUCCUUACCAAGGAAUCUAAACUGCGUGUGUACUAUACCACUGAGCGGGAUGAGCAAGGGAGUAAGAUAAAUGACUUCUUCCUGAGCUCUGAGGACCUCUUCAAUGAAAUGAACUGGCAGAAGAAGCUUCGAGGACAGCCAGUUUUGUACUGGUGCUCUCGUAACAUGACCUUUUGGAGCAGCAUCUCCUUCAAUUUGGCUGUCCUCAUGAACCUGCUGGUGGCAUUAUUUUACCCUUUCGAAGGUGUCCGAGGAGGUACUUUGGAGGCACACUUAUCGGGCCUACUGUGGACAGCCGUCUGUAUAUCUCUGGCCAUCGUGAUCGCCCUUCCUAAACCCCAUGGCAUCCGAGCUUUGAUAGCCUCUACAAUUUUGCGGCUCAUAUUCUCUGUUGGUUUAGAGCCAACCCUUUAUUUGUUGGGAGCAUUUAACGUAGGAAAUAAAGUAAUAUUCCUGACUAGUUUUGUUGGAAACCGAGGAACGUUCACUCGAGGUUACAUGGCGAUGGUCCUGGAUGUGGAAUUUCUCUACCACCUAGCGUACACACUAAUAUCUGUGAUGGGACUUUUAGCCCACGAAUUCUUCUAUAGUCUCCUGCUUUUUGAUCUGGUUUACCGAGAAGAGACAUUGCUGAAUGUCAUCAAGAGUGUCACUCGCAAUGGCCGCUCCAUUAUUCUGACGGCUGUGCUCGCUCUUAUCUUAGUCUACCUGUUUUCCAUAGUUGGCUUUCUGUUUUUCAAGGAUGACUUCAUCCUGGCAGUGGACAAGGUGUCAAACAAAACCUACUGGGCAGAAGAUGCUGCGUCGAUGGCGGAAGAGUUCCUCACUGCUGAUGUCUGUCAGCUGGGCAAUGGAGAGAACUGUUCAACACUUUACUCUGUGGAAAGUAACGAGUUGCUCUCGGAGAAUGAAGAGGACUCGGAGCAUACUUGUGAAACCCUGCUGAUGUGUAUCAUUACUGUACUCAGCCAUGGACUGCGAAGUGGCGGAGGCGUUGGAGAUGUGCUCAGGAAACCUUCCAAAGAGGAACCACUAUUUGCUGCUCGUGUGAUCUAUGACCUUCUCUUCUUCUUCAUGGUCAUCAUCAUUGUCCUGAACUUGAUCUUUGGUGUCAUCAUUGACACUUUUGCUGACUUGAGGAGUGAAAAGCAGAAGAAGGAAGAAGUUCUGAAAACUACCUGCUUUAUAUGUGGCUUGGAAAGGGAUAAAUUUGACAACAAGACAGUAACAUUUGAAGAACAUAUCAAGGAAGAGCACAACAUGUGGCAUUAUCUAUGUUUUAUCGUUUUGGUGAAAGUCAAGGACUCCACUGAAUACACUGGGCCAGAGAGCUACGUAGCAGAGAUGAUCAAGCAACGGAACCUGGACUGGUUUCCACGUAUGCGUGCCAUGUCACUGGUUAGCAGUGAUGCUGAAGGAGAGCAAAAUGAGUUGCGAAAUCUACAGGAAAAGCUGGAGUCAACGAUGAAGUUGGUCACUAACUUAUCUGGCCAACUGUCGGAGCUAAAAGAGCAGAUGACGGAACAAAGGAAGCAAAAGCAACGUAUCGGUCUUCUUGGCCACCCUCCACACAUGAACAUUAACCCCCAGCAACCAGCCUAAUGAGUAGACGGCAUGUUGAAUUGAAAUAGAUGGGCUCAGGAUCUUUCACCCAACUACUGAAACAGUAUAAGUCAUCAAAUGUUUACUUGUGUGCACCAUAGGAGUAAAUGACACUUCUUUAUAGUCGAGGUUUCUUGCUACUUGUACCUAGCUCCCUAAGGAACUGUGUUCUGUCUCAUUCAUUGACAUAUUCUGCUUCCAUUUCUGCCAAAGAAGGAAUCCCAAGUGUUCUUCAAAGGUCUCCAUUUGGAAGCAGCAGAGUUGUAUAAUAAAAAAAAAAGCACAUUUGAAGAGCUGACUGUCAAGAUAAUGGGUAGGGCAGAGGUUUUUGUAUGUACAGAAAAAUAGUUGUGUAACCAGUAUUUAAUGUCCUAUUUUUGUAAGUUGACUGUGCAAUAUGACAUAAUGAAUAUGCAAAUACUCUAUAUAACUUUGCAUUUGUAGAUGAGCACUGAAAUGUACUACCUGUGAAGAGCCACAUUGUCUUUUGCUAAAUGAAUACCCACCUGUUUAUUUUCUUUGAAGCUGAGAGAGGAUGAAUGGUAAAUUUUGUAUAUUUGCUGCCUUAGAUUAGUUUUGUAUAAGUACCUCAGUUUACAGAUGGCAAACAAGUCCGUGACCAAGAGAGUAGUGUUAAUGACAGAAAAUAUACACAAAGCACUAAUAUUAUACAAGUCAAGCGUGGUAUUGACAGUUGUAAGAUGCAUAAGAAAAGCUAUUUAAUAAAUAUGUAAAGCUGCAA